AGUGGACGGGAUUUUUGGGCCACAGACAAGAUGACAGCCUUGCUACCGGCGACGAAGCGCCUCAUCGACGGCCUCUUCCACGGCGCGUCCAGCGCCGUCGCGCGGACGUCCCUCGCGCGCUCGAUCACACUCGUCGAGUCGACGCUGCCCCGCGACCGCUUCCAAGCCGAGCUGCUCCUCGACCAUGUGCUCGAGCAGCGCAAGGCGCUCGCCGAUCGCACGACGACGGCGACGCAUCAAGGCCACGCGACGUCGUUCCGCAUUGGCAUUGCGGGCCCGCCUGGCGCGGGCAAGUCGACCUUCAUCGAGACUCUCGGCUUGUCCUUGACAAAGAAGGGCCACAAGGUCGCGGUCCUCGCGAUCGACCCGUCGUCGUCCGUCACCGGUGGCUCGAUCCUCGGCGACAAGACGCGCAUGACGCACCUCUCCAACAGCCCUGACGCCUUUGUGCGCCCGUCGCCGACGCGCGGAACGCUCGGUGGUGUCGCCCAGCACACCAACGAGAUCGUGCUGCUCUGCGAAGCGUGCGGCUACGACAUUGUCUUGGUCGAGAGCGUCGGCUUGGGCCAAAGCGAGAUCAUCAUCGACGACACGGUCGAUAUGGUCAUGCUUCUCCAAGAAGGCAUCAUGGAAAUCGCCGACGUGGUCGUCGUCAACAAGGCCGACGGCGAGCUCAAGACGCCGGCCAAGCACACGGCGGUCGACUACAUGCAUGCGCUCCAGCUCGCGCGGCGCAAGGAGCCCGAGUGGAAGCCAACGGUCAAGAUGUGUUCGGCGCGCGAAGGCGACGGCAUCGACGCUGUCUGGGACGUCCUCACCGAAUUUCGCAAUACAAUGAACGCUGUCCACAAGAUUGAAGCCAAACGCGCGCGUCAGUCCUCCAAGUGGAUGUGGAACCAGUUGCACCAAGAGCUCAUGGCGAUGGCCAAGAAGAACCACUUUGUCAAGCACGAAGCGUCGACGCUCGCGCCCGACCUCGCGCACGGCUUUAUAAGCCCGCGGUCCGCGGCGCGGAAGCUCCUCGACGAUUUUCUGGCCCACCCGAAAAACAACUAA